AUGUCUACCGAUACGCAACUCUUCGACGAGAACUUCACCAUUACCACGCUCGAUGCGUCCAAAUAUGACCGUGUCUGCCGUAUUGGCGGCACGAAUGCCGACUCGAGCACCGUCAUGACUCUCGACAUCAACUCACUGCUCUACCCUUGCCAAAUCGGCGAGAACUUCCGCAUGGUCAUAGCAACGAGUCUCUCUCUAGAUGGAACAAAAGAGGAUCGCGGGUGGAGAGAUGUUGGACGGAGCGAAGAAGCAACGAUGGCGGAUAUGUUUGACUAUGUGUGCCAUGGGAAGAUCUAUAAGUUUGAGGAUACGGAGGAUGGGCAGUCCAUUAAGGCAUAUAUUUCCUUCGGCGGCCUAUUGCUAGCGCUUGAGGGCCCAUAUAAGAAACUCACACCGCUGAGGGUUGACUACGUCUAUCUCCUUUUGAAAAAGUAG